AUGCCCAAUACCGGGCGUCCGAGCCAGGAUUGUCACCUCUGCCGUAAGAGACGGGUCAAGUGCGACCUGGGACGACCUGGUUGCCAGCGAUGCGUCAAAUAUGGCGUUGAGUGCCCGGGAUAUAGGGAACAGCACGAGCUAGUCUUUCGAAAUGCCAAUCCGUCGACAGUAAAGAAGCGAAAGAAGCGCGCGGCGGCCCACGAAGAUGAGCAGGAUGACUCGAAAAGCCCAUCGUCCACCGGCACCAGAUCGAGCACCCCCGCCUCGUUUGUUAGCAAUGGGGGAACUACCAUUGUCUUCGAUUCGAAAGCAGAACCACUACCGCUACCGGGCGAGAACUUCACCUCGUCGGCUCUAACGACAAUCUCACGACCCUUGACCGAACACUGGACAAACCAUUCCGUUCCAAUUAUUCUCAAUGUAUACUCAACACUCGACUUCCUGCAUAAUAUAUACCGAAUUCAUUCUAAAAAUGGGCCCCUCGUCUGGGCUGCUCAUCUCUUUACCCGAACCUACGUGACGAAUAUUCGCUAUCCGAUAUCUAUAUACAAAGAGUCAGAGGCAGAAAAUCAACGAGAGCUGGGCACGUACCUGGGAAAGACCUUAAGCGCAGUCAACACCGCACUAAAGGACCCCGACGGAGCGUUUCGAGAUGAUGUCCUCGCCACUGUUUGGAUCCUAGCAAACUAUGAGCUGCUGGUCGGCUCACUGGGUCGCAUGGAACCCCUUAGCCCCUGGCAUCUACACACCAGGGGGCUCUACAGCAUAUUAAAAACUAGAGGCACCGAAUAUCUUUUAACGGCACAGGGUCGGACUGCGUUCUGGCCGUGUUACAACAUGGUGCAAAUCCAAGCACUCGUCAGCAACACGGAAUGCCCACCCGAAUCGGAUGAAUGGCUGGGCCUCAUAAGGGAUAAUCUCUACGACGGAGAAGGCUUUACGUUGCAUGUGUCAGUCUUCAUCACGAAGUGUACACACGUGCAGGCCAUGAUUCUUAAUUUGCUCCGCCGGCGGGACUUUGCGGCCGCGGAGGAGCAAUACGAGAUGCUGAUACAGACGCUGGCCGCUGCUGAAAAGGAGGUCAACGAAUACGUCCAAACGGCAGCCGAUUGCACGCACGACAUGGAUGUCUAUAUGCGGAACCUGUAUUAUUCGGCCAUUAUCAAGGGCUACAGCUAUAUUUUGCUUUUAGCCAACUUUCUCACCCACUAUGCGCCAUGCAGAAUCACAAUGGACCAGCUUCGCGCACAGCGCACCACAUGUCUGCGAAUGGUCCGAGAAGCAGGGCAAUACAUUGUUGACAGCGUGCCGGCUGCGCUUGGCCCUCUGGCAGCUGGCAAGGACAAGUCACCGAGGGUCUUGUUUGAUGCCCUCAAGAUGGUUUGGCCACUUACGGCCGUCUACAUUGUCGGUGCGACUCUGCCGGAACAAAAGAGCGAAGCUGAAGUUGCCUUGAUAUUCAUUGGAAAGGAAGUUGGUGUUAGACAGGCUCUCAACACAUACCCAGGGAGGCUACCUCUUCCGCUUGAGGCACGCCAGCCACUUGGAUUGGAACCUGACGAUGACUUGACACCACCCUUUACGUCAUCUUGA